AUGGCGAUCCAAGAUGCCGUCGGCCAGAUACACUUCUCCACGGACAUGUGGACGUCGCCUGCGCGUCGAGGGCAUCUUGCCAUCUGUGUACAAUGGGUCGACGGCGGCUAUAAGCUUCGGAAAGCGCUACUCGGGCUCCCCCAGGUAGCACACAGCCAAAGCGGAGAACGUCAAGCUGAGCACGUCCUCGGUGUCCUCCGAAGCUACGGUAUUACUACCAAGAUCGGCUAUUAUACUGGCGAUAAUGCUACCUCGAACGAUACGCUUCUAAAGGCGUUAUCAGGCCAUUUAACUUUGGGCCUCGCCCUCCAAGCCUUUCUCCUAGCGAAGUCGAAGGAGGCCCUCGAAGCUGCGCUUAAGGCAACUGAACUGGCCGAAAAUGCGGACCCGUAUGAGAUAUUGUCCGCCACGAUAGGAGUACCAAUGGCUCAAAAUAAUGGCGACGGGGUGAGAGCAGAAGAGAUGGCCCGGAAAGCCAAAAUUUACGGCAGAGAAGCCGGUUUCGAAGGCUGGGGAGCUACCCCGGCACUGCGAAAGCUGCACAACCUCGCGGUAUGGCUCCGAAAUAGCGCAAUCCACCAUGAUUUAUGGGAUCGCGAUAGAGGUGUCAGUCUGGGGAUUGACAACGAUACCCGAUGGUCGUCAUGGUACUUGAUGAUUGAUCGAGCGAUGCGCAACAAGGAUGAGAUCAUCCGGUUUCUGCAUGAACACGACGAGGCUUGUGGCCCUAACACCCUGACCCACGCAGAUUGGUCAAUGCAAGGGCGCACGCAUUUGUUUCUUCAAGUAUUCAACAGUGGCACUUUGUGGGUUGAGGGCGAUCGCGCGGGGCUAUCUCAAUCGCUAGAGAUGAUGGACGCAAUUCUCGCCUUUUUCGAGCAGCAAAAGUUCAUCCUCAACAAGUACUAUGAACUCACCGACUCCGUACCCGUGUACGCCGCGGCGAUCCUGCUCGACCAUUCGAAGAGAAGGCGAUAUCUGACGCAGAACUGGCUGGAGCAGUGGCAUCAGAAGGCUCGUUGUGCCACACAGCGCAUCUGGGAAGACAAUUAUAAGAGCAUGUCCCUCGCACAGUGUGAGAACGAUACGAUGCAACUGGAUGACUGUCCGCCCUCUGCAGAUUAG